AUGCCUAAGAAUAAAGGAAAGGGAGGAAAAAACAGACGGAGAGGAAAGAAUGAAAAUGAAUCUGAGAAACGAGAGUUGAUCUUUAAGGAAGACGGGCAAGAAUAUGCACAAGUAGUAAAAAUGUUAGGUAAUGGUCGUCUAGAAGCCCAAUGUUUUGAUGGCGAAAAACGCUUAGCACAUAUCCGUGGAAAACUACGGAAGAAGGUGUGGAUAAAUCAAGGAGACAUCAUUUUGAUCUCUCUUCGUGAUUAUCAAGACGCAAAAGCCGAUGUUAUUUUAAAAUAUACAACAGAAGAGGCCAGAAAUUUGAAAGCAUAUGGCGAAUUACCAGAAAAUGCUAAAAUUAAUGAGACCGAUACAUUUGGUCCAGAAGAUGAUGAAUGCAAUUUCGAAUUUGAUAUUGAUGAGGUAAUUUUGAGCUGA